UAAAGGCAUGAGUCUUGUUGUCAUCAAUUGUCAAUACAUACAGUUUGGUGGUGGGUCUUUUAAAAACUUCACGUUUGGUUCAAACGGUGGCCGUUCUGAUCAUACUGUCGGUUCCUAUGUGGACUUGUUCAACUCGUGCUCGAUACCAGUGCAAGUUUGCUUCAUGGAAGCAUUUGAUUGUUAA